AUGAAUCCCGGCAUUCAAGUCGUCAAGCCAUGUAAAUGGGGCAGUGGUGCGGUAGACCAUCGCAUCUGCUCCCCAUGUCAGUCGGACUUGUCUCCAUAUGACUGGCUCUUUCUGCUGUUUAUGGCUAUACUUCCACUGCUUGUGCAUUGUUUCUGUGUGCAUUGGCAUACACCUAAAAACACUUCACGUGUGCACGAGUUGUGUGAGCAUCUAUGCUGCGUACUCGAAUGUAUAAUUGCAUCAGUUGCUGCUGUGCUUGUAUUUCCGCCGAGGCUUUCUUUCACGGUGUGGGGCUGUGCUCGAUCGAGUAUAAAAGAGUGGUAUCCGGAGUUAUACAAUCCUAUAAUCAAUCAUGUUAAACCGAUGCGGUGUUCCUAUGAAGUGGUAUUCCCUUUGUAUUCUCUGCCAUUCGUGUACUUGCUAUUUCUUUUGGUUUCUGUCUUGAGCUGCCGUUCAAUACUCUAUGUGUUUGUGUUGAAGAGGAAAAGAGAUGCAAAAGCAUUUUAUUAUGCUCUUCUUUCUAUUCCCAAAAUUGCCGUCAUACAUGCACUCUUGGCUGGUGUGCUUUAUCAGUCAUAUCCAUACAUCGUGAUGUUAUGGAGUUUGUGUGCAAAUGCUGUGCAUUUAGCUGCAGAGGGCAAAAUAUCGAUGAAGGAAAUUACAAAAGUGGUUUGCACCUCACCGAUGCACAUGGUGAUGCUCACAGUCAACAUGACCCUUUUGGCUUUCUCUCUGCUAGCUAUUUCGGCACAGAAGUAG